UCAUAUCCUUCAGAAUGUUUAAGCCGAUGCACAGUCGUGUCCAGAGUUCACGGCUCAUUGAUCUAUUUCUGUUUUAUUCAGGAGGUGAAUGUCAGACAGCUCCAGGAUGCUGCCCCCCUCAUUCAUGCCAACCUGCUAUUCACCACGGGACAUUUGACUCACCAAACAUGAUGAAGACCGAGCCUCCGUCAGCCACGGGAGGCAACGGGGCCUCCGGUGAGAGCAACGGGAGCUCUAAUCUGCGAAGUCCGUCUCCCCACCGCAAUGCCUACGAGGCAGGUCUUGCGGCGCUGAAGAAGGCCACAGACCACCUCAACAAUGCCGCCAAUGGAGGCGCUGACCCUGCCUCAAAACCCGCUCCUCUGCCCCGGCCUACUGGGAGGGGCCGGAAAUAUGGCUCAAAUGUUCACCGUAUCAAGAACAUGUUCAUGCAGAUGCAGUCUCCCGGCGAUGAAGAGGAUGGAGCCAAAAUGAUUGUUCCCACCCCUCCUAUUUCCUCUACUGCAGCUUCAGUCGGGCCAGGCGAGGCCGUCAGUCCCACUGUGAGCCAACUCAGCGCCGCAUUCGAAAAGGGUGACCUGCAAAACAAUCUCUACCUCCCCCAGCGUCGGUCAGCCCCUGCUUUGGCACCAAAACCCAAACCUCCACCCAGAGUGGAAGCAGCAGAGAGGAAGACAAAGGUGAUACCUGCAGAUAAGGACGAGAAAGAUGAGGUAAAAGCAGGAGUUACAAGUAACAAGGCAGCAGAGCUACAGGAAGAAACGGGUUCUCUAGAAAGGAACAUGGAGGGAGCCGCGACCAGUGAAGAGAAGGAUGGAUUUGGACUGUCGGGGGACCAGCUCUCCAACUCUUCCUAUUCCUCCUCUUCCUCAGUGACUGUCACUUCCAUCUCCUCUUCAUCGGAGGCCAAACCAGAGCCGGCAGCAACUGAGGCCAAGGGUUCGAGUACAGUGGAAGCCUCUGGGCUGCAGCCGCAGUCUGGCGAUCAGGACGGCGCCACUGAGGGAUCUGAGGCCGCGGGUAGGCUGGUGCAAGCUGAGGUUCAUGCCUCGCUGGAAAAUGGAGAGAAAGCGCCUCCAUCUUCCUCUCCUUCAUCGGAGGAGAAAGAAGAGGACUCUGAGGAGAGGGCCAAAGAAGAUGAGAAUGACGAGGAUGGUUCGAGGAAGGAAGAUUAUUCUGAGGGAGAUCUGAUAGAUAUCAGCGCGUACAGCGGGCUCGGGGAGGAGGACUCUGGGGGAAGCCAGCUGGACGAUGAGGAAGACGAAGACGAGGAGGAGGCAUAUCAGCCAGAGUCCAGCUGCUCAGAAAUCCCAGGCCUUCCUGAGGAAGAGGAGCCUCCGCCACCCAGUAGAAAGAUUCGCUUCAGCACUCAGCCAAUCAGAGUCUUCACCACCUACUCUAACGAAGACUACGACCGACGUAAUGAUGACGUUGACCCCAUGGCAGCGUCAGCUGAGUACGAGCUGGAGAAGAGGGUCGAAAAGUUGGACCUGUUUCCCGUCGAGCUGGAGAAAGACAGCGACGGCCUCGGCAUCAGUAUCAUUGGUAUGGGUGCAGGAGCUGAUAUGGGCCUGGAGAAGCUGGGCAUCUUUGUCAAGACGGUCACUGAGGGUGGAGCUGCGCAGAGAGACGGCAGGAUCCAGGUGAACGACCUCAUAGUGGAGGUUGAUGGGACCAGCCUGGUUGGUGUUACUCAGAGCUUUGCUGCCUCGGUCCUCCGCAACACCACCGGCAAAGUCAGGUUUGUGAUUGGCCGGGAGAAGCCGGGGGAGCAGAGUGAAGUGGCUCAGCUGAUCCAGCAGACUCUAGAACAGGAGAGGUGGCAGAGGGAGAUGAUGGAGCAGAGAUACAAACAGUACAUGGAUGAUGAUGAGGAGACAGGUGAAUAUGCGACAGACGAGGAGGAGGAGAUGAGUCCGAUGUUUCCGAACUCGAUAGAGGUUUUCGAUCUGGCAGAAAACCAGGAAAUGCUGUCCCCUGUGGAGCUGGACCCAGAGAAACUGGCCCACAAGUUCAAAGAGCUCCAGAUUAAACACGCAGUAACCCAGGCUGAGAUCCAGCUGCUCAAGAGGAAGCUGGCUCACGCAGAGCAGGAUAAGUUGCGUUGGCGGAUGGAGCGUGCUCAGUUGGAGCAAAAUAUCCGGGACAGUAAAGAGAGGAUGGAAAAACUUGAGGGCUACUGGAUGGAGGCACAGUCUCUAUGUAAGGCUGUGGAUGAACACCUGAAGGAAACUCAGGCUCAGUAUCAAACCCUGGAGAGGAAAUACAGCAAAGCCAAGAGGCUGAUUAAAGAAUACCAGCAGAAGUAAGGAAGGAGAAGAAGGGACACAAUGAAAAGAUAAAAGGAG